AUGGGUCGGAAGCGCUGCGUGGGGGGAGACGGCUCCAAGAUGGCGGCGGGUUGCUGCGGGGUGAAGAAGCAGAAACUCUCCAGUUCCCCUCCCUCGGGCUCGGCCGGCCCGGGGGGCGGCGGCAGCAGCUCCCACUGCGGAGGGGCGGCGGCAGCGGGCGGCGAGCCGGGGGCGCUACCCCCGCCGGGGAUCGCCCGCCUCAACGGCCUAGGGGGGCUGGCGGGGGGCGCCGCCGGCUGCGUCCUGUCCCCGUCGCUGCCGCCCAACUGCGGCGGGGGCCCCGGCGGCCUCUCCCCCCCGGCCGCCUCGCUGCUCGCCUCCCCCGGGGCCGGCUCCGGCGGGCCCGGCUGCAGGAAGAUGGUGGUGUCGGCCGAGAUGUGCUGCUUCUGCUUCGAUGUGCUCUACUGUCACCUGUACGGCUACCAGCCCCCGCGGAGCCCCCGCUUCACCAACGACCCCUACCCGCUGUUUGUAACGUGGAAGAUUGGUCGAGAUAAACGAUUGCGUGGAUGCAUAGGUACUUUUUCAGCCAUGAACCUGCAUUCAGGACUCAGGGAGUACACACUUACUAGUGCCCUUAAAGAUAGCCGUUUCCCCCCAAUGACGAGGGAUGAGCUGCCACGGCUUUUCUGCUCAGUGUCUCUACUCACUAAUUUUGAAGAUGUAUGUGAUUACUUGGACUGGGAGGUGGGUGUACAUGGCAUUAGAAUAGAAUUCAUCAAUGAAAAAGGAUCAAAACGCACCGCCACCUACUUACCGGAGGUUGCAAAGGAGCAAGGAUGGGACCACAUUCAGACCAUAGAUUCCUUAUUGAGGAAAGGAGGCUACAAAGCUCCAAUUACUAAUGAGUUCAGGAAAACCAUAAAACUGACCAGGUACCGUAGUGAGAAGAUGACUAUGAGCUACACAGAGUACCUUGCCCAUCGUCAGCAUCAUCACUUCCAAAAUGGCAUUGGGCACCCCCUUCCACCAUACAACCAUUAUUCCUGACACUGAGCCACAUGACCAGUCACUGGACCUCUCUGCAGACCUCUUCCCAGGAGACCCCGCCCCUUCCUGGUCUAGCUAUCUCUAUUACUGUACCAUUUUAUGAUGAUAGUUUCCGUUGCCACGUUGACGCUUCCCCUUGGUUGGUCAAGUUCAUCGUGGCAACGGGUGAGAAAACUGCAUUAUUACAAACUCCCAUAAUUCUUUUUUAUUGAGUCACUGCGGGGUUUUUUUGCAGCAUAUAUAACCCUUGUGUUUUUUUAUAAAAUUUGAAAUUUGUACUACAUUAACAUUGAAUUAUAUCAGUCAAGGUUUUCUGUGACUGUGGAUGGAAGGAAGACUUUAAUGUUUAAGGGUUACAAUUAGGGAUAUCCUUUUUUUGAGUAAGACAUUUGUUGCUGUUGCAUUAAUAGUUGUAACAGGGAAUGAAACAUAUCAGAGAUUCAGGUAUUAAGCAUACAUUCCCCACCACUGUAGUAAAGGCUCUUUAUUUCAUGUAGUUAAAUACAUGAGCUUCAGAUUCAGUACUUACAGACAGAAUUUGAAGGGCGAUAUUCCAGAUGAAGAGAAGCUGUUGCACCUAGCAUAAGAGGCAAUGAUGAUAGGAAGUAUUUCAGGAUCAGUUGGUCUAAUUGAUUACAGACUUAAAGUGCCUGAUCCAGCAGGGUACUAAGUGCCCUCAACUCUCAUUCUAUUAUAUGGGAAUUGAGGGUAUUCUGCCCCUCUCAGGAUCAGACACCAAAACAGUGUUUGUAACGCAGAGAAGAGACUACUUUCUGGCGUUCUAAAAAUAGGAGUCACUUUUGUUUUAAUAAUGGUUGGUGAAUAGGCAGUGUUAUAUUAGGAAGAAAAUGGAUUUAGAUUUUUGUGCCUUUUGACUAGGACAUAAAUAUAGUUACAUAAAAAUCAUAGGAAGAAUAUUAAAAGCACCGGACAGCUUAGCAAACCAUGCUCAAUUCUCUACUGAUCUGGUGUAAAUUAUUUUUUAAACGGGGAUUCUUUUGAGCAAGCAAAUCGUGAAAGAAUUUCUCUUCUCUCCCCAUCUUAUUCUUUCUUUUUAGUUGUGGGUUUCCUAAGUUUUAUUAUGUCAUGAUUAGCCAGAUAACAAUUAACUUCUGUUUUAAGAAACAGCGUGAGUGUUGGAGAAAGAGCACAGGACAAAUAUGCCCUGAUUUCAGAUGUCUUCAUUUAUUACAGGAACAGUCCUGGAGAGUUGUAAGUACUGUGAAAUAGUUCUGGUAACUUUACUGCACUAAGAAGAGGUAGAAAUCCAUUUACUGUAUUGAUCAGAAUGUUUUGUUUUGUUCCAACUGUAGUAAUGGAGAUGGGAUUUAUAAAAGGUAUGUGUGGUAGAGUAGCAAGACCUGAACAUUUUGGGGCCUAUUCUCUCCUUGCUUUGUGUGGCUGUAGAACUCUCACUAGCACCAGUAAUAGUUUACUGCAUAUUCAAGAGGAGAAUAUACCCAUGCAUCAUAGAAAAAGACCCUCUACAUACGGGUGAGUAAAAUACAUUAAGCAGAAAUCCCCAGAUAUUUCAAAUAAUGGAUGUGUGUGUAUAAAACAAAAUAUAUAUUCUAAACAGAUAAGAGGGAAAAAAUGGCGCUAAUAAUACUUUUGCUGUAGCAAAUGGCAGACUGCUAGUUGAUAAUUCUAAAACUUUUAUAUUUUAAAAGAUAGUUGGGUAAAUUGUUACUGCUCACCUGUAAUAUGAGGCAGGUUUUGCCGGGUUAGUUUUAAGAUAGAAGAUCUUUGGUAUUCCUUCAUCCACAGCAUUUGAUGUCCAAAUGUUAACACUUUCAGUUGUGAUGCCUUAAUUUAUAAGCAAACAAAAGGGCCUGAAAAUUCAGUAGCCAAGAGAUAUGCCAAGCGGACACUGCAAAAAAAUCAAUAGAUGUUUAUAUAGAGGAUAUUUUGGAUGAUACUAUUGUCUUGUUUCUACUUGGGGAACAUUUUAAAGUGGAUUAGCUUUUAAGUGGAAACUGUAAACAAGUGGCUACUUGAUUGAAAGUUUUUUUUUUCUUGCCCUUAUAGGGAAACUGAGCACAAGCUGAAUAAUAUUGUCUGCUGCAAAAAAAAAAAAAAAAUAGUCACUCACCCCAUCUUUACCCAUCAUCUCGUUACAGCAUGCUCAUGCUUCUGUAUGAGCUCCUCGUUAGAAGUUUUUUAAAAAAAAAUCUAUUAUAUAUAAAAAUAUAUAUGUAUUUAAAGGUGCUAAUCAACCUUGAGCAGGUCACGUGACUGGUCAUGCGGACUCUAAAUCAUAUCAGAUUUUUUAAAAAUCCUCAAUAUAUGCAGAUGUUAUACAGAAUUUCUUACCAGUGUAAUGAUGAUAUACUGAUGAAAUAAACAAUCCUGCAGGUUUUGAAGGACAAGGUCAGCAAUACUUCCCAUCAUGGCUUGGGGGGGAAAAAAAGGAUAGUUUUGUCUCCUUUUUGUACACAGCAUAAUGCACAAUGAAUUUUUGUCUAUCUUUCAGUAGCUGUUGCUUAAAAAGAAUAGUUCAAAGAGUGUUAUACAAAUUGUAAAGGUGUGCUUUAAAAUCAAUUAACGCCCAGGUCCUUCUGGACCAGUGUCUUGUGUCAUUCAUUAAAAAACUGUUACAGAGAUGGGUCAAUCAAUCAGUUUUCUAUGAGCUACAUAGAAAUACACUGGUUUUUCAUGCUUAGAAUAAUCAAAUCUAUCUACUGUGUUUCAGGGGCACCUAUCUCCUCGAUAUGUAAGGGCCGAGAAUGCUGUUGAUUAUGUUUCUUAUAUACUUACGGGUAUAUUUGAAUAAACAUACAUGUAUUUCACUCAGACAUGCCCUGGGACAGAAUAGGUCUGUUUUUCUAAACCUGAUCAAGAAUAGUGUGUGAAAUCAGUUUCACAAACAUUCUUAUUUAACUACACUAAUAGCCUUUUAGAUAUAGUUCAGUGGAAAUAUUUUUAUGUUGGGUACUUUCACUGGGUUUUUUUAAGUUAACGUUUUAGCUUUAGAGAAACACUAAUCAGUUUGCUUUAUUCCAUUUUAAAAGGCUUUAAUUGUCACUUUGAAGUGUCUUCCUCAGAGCCAUGUGCUAUUAGCUGAGUUAGACAGCGAGCCCCUCUAACUCACACAAGUGUUGCUCAGUCAUGCUUCAAGUGGCCUUCCUUCUGCCCCAGACUGUGCUGUCAUACUGACUUCUCCAACCUCCACCCCAGUGCUAGAUACAGCAGGUGAAGGGCACAGUAGUGAGUUUUGACCUGGUGUAUGAAGUUAAUCAAGGCAAUUGAUGUGGCACACCCUGACAUUUGUAUAUUGACCUCUUUACUUGUCUUCAAAUGUGCGGUUUUUUGAAACUGUUGUCUGGAGUAGGUUACAUCUCUUGUGUAUGUUAGAUCGAACCAAAGAAGCCUCCAGCCAUGCACAAAUGCUGCUCCUAAAGCCUGCCUUCUAGUCCUUACAAAAGCCCUGCAGGAUUAAAUGUUAACUUUUUUAUUUUUGUACAGUUUCUAACUGAUUUUUGCUAGUGAUGUUAAUUGAAUUAAGUUUAUUUGAGGAGUCUGAGUACCUCCUUCAUUUAAAUAAACUGGUGACUUUCCUUUUAUGUUAAAAAUAAAUAUAGAAACCCAAAGUGUGCCUCUCAGAUUUAAGGGUUUCUGGUUACAUUUAUUCUUAAAACCAGCAAUGAUUCUUUAUAUACAAAGAUAUGUUUUCCUUGUUUUUUAUUACUGUUAAAGAAAAAAAUAAAAACCUCUUUCUUUGCUCUGGAUCCAGUAACUGCGCUGGUACAUAAACGCACUGAGAAGACAAACUUUUGUUUGAAACUUUUGUAACAACUUAUGACUGUUUUUGUAUAUCAAAGUUGAUUCUUUUCAAAAUAUUUGGAUCUAGUUUCUAAGUUAUUUUAGUGUUUUAUAUGUUAUGAAAAAAUUACUUUGAAUUGUUCACCACCAGAAUGAGCUAUCUGGAAUGCAAUGGUGACACAUGUAAUGGGCUUUGAGCUACCUGGAGUAGCUUAUAGGGCCCCUAUUUUUUCCUUCCUUAUUAGUAACUUGAUUAUUGAUUACAAUAAUAUCACAGAUUACCUGAACCCCCUUCCAUUAUAACUAGAUCCUCCCUUCCAACAUUUAAUUGCUAUUAGUGUGAAGAAACUGUUGAAAUGGGCAUUUUACUAUGAGUAUGGCUUAAAAAGGUAAAAAUGAGGAAAAAGCAAAAAAAAUAUAUAGAAGGUUAUAUGUGGGUCUGUGAGAUAUGGCUGUGGAAAGAUAUUGUAGUAGUUUUAACACUAUUGUUCUUACCUUUUAAAUCAUUUACCCAAUAAAAUAA